GAAUUGCUUUGGGUUGGAGCAGAAAACCAUGAUGAAAAUGGACCUUCAUGUGAGUCUCAUCUGGACGCUUCUGUUGAGUGCUGCUCUUCUAUCUGAACCAGCGAGCGGUACCUGGUGGAACUCAUCUGGAAAUGGAGGUCAAACCCUAUGGGACAGAUUUUCAAAAUGGAUAAAAGAGAAAUUUGAACGCACAGUUUCAGAAGAUCCGCAGCUGCGACUGGUAUCCGGAGGGGACCGAUGUGCCGGGAGGGUUGAAGUGUACUACAACGGCAAAUGGGGGACAGUCUGCGAUGAUCACUUCACUAUAAGCAGUGGCAGCGUCGUAUGCCGACAACUCAACUGUGGUGAAGUUGUUUCUGUCUUGGGAUGGUCUUACUUUGGCUCUGGCAGCGAUGACAUCCACCUGGAUGAUGUGCAGUGUAGGGGAACCGAAUCUUACCUUUGGGACUGCCAGCACGCCGGCUGGAGCACACAUGACUGUGGGCACAACGAGGACGUCAGUGUCAUCUGUUCGGGUAAAAAAAUAAGUUAUGCGUUCUUAAAAAUCUCUUUGGGUUUUCUUGCGCAUAAAUGCACAAAACAUCAGAGUAGAGCUUGAAAA